AAAACUAUCCUGAGAAAAUUGAAGCGAAAAACACUAGCUUCAAGACCAUGGACUGUGUUUUUCUCCUGGAACUUGCCUUUGGAGGUAUUUGAUUGCUUCAAAGUUGUUGCUGUAACACCUGAGAGUGGUGGUUCGAUUGUAAAGAACACACGUGCUGUUCAAGAAAUUCAUAUUACUGAUGUGGGAAAGUUGAAAGGUCUAUUUCUCAGAGUGGCAAAUAAAUUUGCAAAAGGAUGCAUCAAUGAAAGCGAUAUCUUCAUGAAAAAAGAAAAGGAUGGAUCCUAUAGUCACGUUCUAGUAACUAAAGAUCAUCCAGUGAUAUUCAAAUAUUCAAAGAACUUAGAGAUCAUCAGAGUCAGCUUAAGAUAUGGGCACUUCAACAGAGUAGGAGUUCCUCAGCACUCCUUGGCAUCAAAAAAUUAA